AUGGUUUUGGAGCUGAUAUAUGAGGCCAAGUUCUUGAGAAGAUCGUUUGGAUAUAGGGCGGGAAGAGGUGCUCGUGAGUGCCUGCGAUUCAUCCACAGUAACUUUGGUGAUGUCUCGUGGACUGUGAAAGGAGAUCUCUCCAAGCUCUUCGAUUAUCCACAGGCCGAGCUCUUCAACCGGGUUCUACGCAAUGUGAUCCAGGACGACAAAGUUGGCGAGCUGAUCAUCAAGGGGAUGAAGACACGUGCUCCUCUGGUCGUGCCUCAGUUUAAGAGAUUGAAUCCGACAAAAAGAAAGUUCCUGGAGUUUGAGCCGAGAAGGACUCCGUUGUGGCUGGAGGUGGUUCUGGGAUUUGCUCCGGCAGAGGCUCAAAGAACUCCCGACUGGGGAUGCAACAAGCUCGGUCCGUUUCUGGCCAACGUUUAUCUAAGCGAGCUCGACUCCUGGAAGGAAAAGCAGGCCGAGCUGUUCCGUCGGCCUCACGAUCCGUCCGUCGGUUUAAACUUUAGCACCGACGAGCAGGAGAAGCCAAACAAUGCUAGGAAAAUGGAGUACGUCCGCUUUGGAGCUCACUUCCUUAUCUCGGUCAGAGGCAUAAGAGACGACGUUUUGAGCUUCGAGGAGAAGUGUAGAGUCUUCUGCAAGCAAAAGUAUCAUCGCGAGCCGGAUUUUGGAGCACCUGAGGCGAUCUCAACGCCGACGCUGUUCCUCGGCCACCAUUUUUUCCAGACCAAGAAGUUGAAAACGAAAUGGGAGCCGUCCUCAAACAAGAGAGGAACGGUUUCGAAAGUGGAGAAGAUCGUCUUCUGCGUGGACGGCGCUGCGGAGCACGCCGUCCAGAGCUUGAAGCGAGUAGGCGUUCUCGACGACAAAGACAACACGUUUCCAUGCAUGCGGCUCUUUCACGAGGACCAGAUGUAUGCUGCGAAGCACAAGCUCCGGACGCAGAUCCAGGUGGCCAAGUCCGCGUCCUUGGAUCUUUGCAAGCCACUCAAGGAUCCUCAAAAGGCCGGAGGAGAACCACAGACGGAGGCGGUGCGCAUACCAGAAAUUAAUUAA